UCCCAGGUGCUGCACAGCUGAAGAAUUCCAUCCCCAAUUGCGUUCCCACUUCCACCACCGCUUCCCGAAUCCCUAGUCCACCUUCCUUGUUCUCUCUCGCACAGCUGCCGCCGCUUCCCGCCACUUGGACGCGCGCCCUCGUGAUCCCGAGCGAGGGAGGGAGCGAGCUCGCCGUCUCGGUCUCAGGUGCUGCCGUGCGGCGUGCGGCCGUGCUGCUGGUUUCGCUCUCUAGGGGCCAGGGGUGGAAGAGAGAAGGUUUGGGGUCUUCACGCUUUCUUGCGGGGCUGUCCGGCUGUGGGUCAAAAGCGCAGCGCUUUCCGCUCCACCUUCCCACAGCGGAAUCAAAUCUCUCAACUCCCUUCGAUGGCCCCUGAUUUGGUUCGUGGUAUCGGUGCAUGACCUUGCUCAAAGAGAUCUCCUUUUUGGUUUGGCGUCAGGGCUCUGGGUGGUCGCGCGGUGUCUUUCUUGGUGCGUUUCACAUGUCUGAGACCUUUGAUUUCUAUCCACUUCGCGAGUGAUUCUGCUGCUGCCGCUGUUGGUGUUAGGUGUCCACGGGUCGUGAUGGGGUGAACGGAAGCGUUCGUCACAGGACUGGUACCUGAGGCUUGGCAGCUGGCAAGUACCAAGUAGCUACCUGUGUUUACAUAAGAUAAACCAUUUCUGGUUCCAAAGCACAAAGGUGUACCAAUAUUUGGUAAAUAGUUCUGCUUCUUGCUGAGGUAGUGAGGUGAUACUCUUGGUUUGCUCUGUUGAUGGGGCUGCCAUGAGCCACGGGAUGUUGAAUUCUGUCAAGGUGGAGAGCCGAUCAUCGACAGUCACUGCCAAUGGCCAGCCUAGGCCAAUGGAUGGGCUCCAUGAUGGCGGCCUGCCUCCGUUCCUCACCAAGACAUACGACAUGGUCGAUGACCCAACCACGGAUGCUGUUGUGUCAUGGAGUGCCACCAACAAUAGCUUCAUAGUUUGGGAUCCUCAUAUCUUUGGGACGGUGCUUCUGCCAAGGUACUUCAAGCACAACAACUUCUCCAGCUUCGUUCGGCAGCUGAACACUUAUGGCUUCAGAAAGGUGGAUCCUGACAGAUGGGAAUUUGCUAAUGAGGGGUUUCUGAGAGGUCAGAGGCACCUGCUCAAAAACAUUAGGCGUCGGAAACCUCCACACUCAUCUCCAAAUCAGCAAUCUCUUGGCUCUUACCUUGAGGUAGGGCACUUUGGAUAUGAUGAAGAGAUUGAUCAGCUGAAGAGGGACAAGCAGCUGCUGAUGGCUGAAGUAGUGAAACUGAGGCAGGAGCAGCAAAAUACAAAGUCGGAUCUACAGGCCAUGGAAGAGAAAUUAAAAGAUACAGAGCAGAAGCAACAGCAGAUGAUGGCAUUCAUGGCACGACUAAUGCAGAACCCCGAGUUCAUGCAUCAACUGGUAUCCCAGAGCGAGAUGAGGAAGGGGCUGGAGGAUGCCAUCUCAAAGAAAAGAAGGCGCCGCAUUGAUCAGGGACCUGAAGCUGAUAGCAUGGGCAAUGGUUCUAGCCUGGAACAAGGGUCGCAGGCAGUGUACGAACCACAGGAGCCGGUGGAAUCACUUGCCAAUGGUGUUCCAUCUGAUCUGGAAAGUUCAUCUGUUGAGGCAAAGGGAUUCGAGGUUCAACAAGGUGUUUCUUCCGGUGGCUCUGAGCAUCUGAAACGCAGGCCAAGUGGAGAGUUAAAUGAUGAUUUCUGGGAGGACCUUUUGCAUGAGGGGGGACUUGGUGCAGAGGCUGGUAAUGCAGUUGGUCAGGAUGACAUGAACAUGUAGCCUCAGAAGGUAGCCUACCUCAAAGGAAACAACAUACAUUAGCAGCUCUUGUUUUAUCAAAAUGGCUCUGAGUAUAUUUACCAUCCAUUAUCCACGUUAUAUCAAUGUUCUAGACCUGAUUGGAUCUCCUUCGAUCUAUGAAAUGCUAUAUCGCUCUCAGUUGGUAAUACAGUCAGUUCAGCAUGCAGAAUGGAAGCGUCUGGAUUAAUACGUUUCUAUGGUCUUUUCUCAUGGGUCAUGGUUGACCCUGUUGCCCGACGCUGUUUGAGCGAAGACCAUGGUCAUGUUGCUGUCAGGCUAGUAUAUCGGUUCUAACUAAUGCUAGGGUACAACCGAGUGGCCUGCCUUGUGGGGAAGACCAUAGCUUGUAUAUGUAAAGUGGUCCUUCUAUUUCUGCUGAUCUAUAGUGACCUGUUAUGUGAGAAACUAUUACACCUCGGAAUUUAUCAUUUCACUGUACAUACAUCAUAUUACACCGUAUCUGACUAUCUGUGCAUAACUGUUUGAUUUGCCCACUUAA